AUGUCGCGCUCGCCGUCAAGACCGUUAGAUAUUGGUUCUCCUCGUCGAGAAUCACGGCUAUCAGUUCCUGAGCCUAGCGACUCGCCCUCUCCACAUCCGGCAAACGUCUCAGGUACACCUGACUUGCGUACCCUCCGUGCGCAAUACACUGGAACGCCACCUUUGCCUAACAUCCCUCCCAGGUCAGUCGCUGGCACUCCGAGAAGUGGAGGAAGUGGCCUAGGGCAGAGUGUGCCGCGUAACGGAAGCUCGCCGUCGCUGCAGCACAAGACGUCUGCCUCGCCGCUGGCGCAGAGGUUAUCUGGGCUGCGUGAUUUUCAGAGCGAUGCCUCCGGCUCUCAAUCGCGGGACUUGGCUUCACAGGGUGGUCUCAGCGCCACGAGACCUGAUGGAUCAUCGAGCAACGAUAGUAGUGAAGGUCUCACGCUUGAUGCUCUCCCGGACGAAGAGAAGGCGAAGGUAUUGAGGAGACAUCUCGUUUCUAAGGAUGAGAGAGAACGCCAAAGCGCCGCCGAGGAUGCGGGCUCGACAGCUGGGUCGUACAAUGGAGCGUCUAAGAGACAUGAUGACUCGGCCGGCACGUCCAGACGUUCCUCCACGGUCUUCCGUUUGACCAGAGAAGACACGGAACCGUUUCCAAUACCAUAUCAAGCACCGGGUGCCGACAUAACUCAUGAUGUGUACAAAUGGCACACGCAGACCAGUAGACGUCCUCGAGCUGCGUCCUUCGCUGGGUCCACCGCCCCGCAAGAUCCUGCAUUUGAGCACAUCCACGAACCCGGCGGAUUCAGGCGGAAUUACGUGCUGCUGAAGGCUAAUCAACAGGGGGCGCAGCCGAGGAUCCUGCGAAGCUUUAUAGACUUCCUCUAUGUAUAUGGGCACUUUGCUGGUGAAGAGCUUGACGAAGAUGAAGACCUCGAAGACAUAGCGGAAGAAGAUGAGGGAGCCGUUGUCCUACCCGGUUCUUCCGCUCCUUUCUUCGAAGGUCCUGCCGAGGCGGGUACGCUGGCCGUCGAUAUCGAGAGUCGUGCCGGUGCUAUUGGGAAGGACGCGCAUGAGCGGACGCCUCUUCUACCUGGCCACGCUCAGGGGAGGUCGAAAUCAAGAUCUCGAUUGAGAAGGGCCUCUAGUGUUGGACCACGCGGAGAUGCGACUGUCACGGAUGCGGUGCUUAUGUUGAUGAAGUCCUUCGUUGGCACUGGGAUAUUGUUCUUGGGCAAAGCUUUCAUGAAUGGAGGACUGUUGUUCUCAGUUCUGACGUUGUCAUUCAUUGCUCUCAUAUCUCUGUACUCAUUUCUGUUGCUCGUGAAGACGAAAUUCAUCGUUCCGGGAAGCUUCGGUGAUAUCGGUGGCGAACUGUAUGGUCCCUGGUUCAGAUAUGCUAUCCUGACUUCCAUCACAGUCUCUCAGCUUGGAUUUGUGUCAGCAUAUACAAUUUUCGUGUCCGAAAAUCUGCAGGCUUUCGUGUUGGGUAUAACGAAAUGCGCGAAGCUCAUUUCAAUCCCAUACUUUAUCCUUAUGCAGCUGGUUAUCUUCCUUCCGAUGGUGCUUAUCCGCAACCUCGCCAAGCUCAGCACUGCCGCGCUUGUGGCAGAUGCGUUCAUUGUUGCCGGCUUACUGUACAUCUUCGGGAGUGAAGUCAGCAUCAUUGCGGAUAGGGGCGUUGCAGACGUUGCAUUGUUCAACUCGAAGGAUUUCCCCCUGUUGAUUGGGACUGCGGUGUUUUCUUUCGAAGGGAUCGGCUUAGUCAUCCCCAUCAGCGAUGCCAUGCGCGAACCUCGGAAAUUCCCUGCUGUCUUGACUGGUGUUAUGCUCUUCUUGAUGGUCUUGUUCGGUGGAGGCGGUGCACUGGCAUACAUGACUUUUGGGUCCGAUAUCAAGACCGUAGUGAUUACUAACUUGGACCAGAGUAGUAAGAUGGUGCAAGUGGCGAGUAUCGUCCAAUUUUUGUACUCCAUCGCCAUCCUACUUUCCGUGCCGUUGCAGCUGUUCCCUGCGGUCCGCAUUAUGGAGAAUGGCAUCUUUACCCGUAGCGGUAAAGGCGACACGAAGGUCAAAUGGCUGAAGAACGUGUUCAGGUUCCUGAUCGUGAUCUGCUGUUCCCUCUUGGCUUGGGCGGGGGCUGCGGAUCUGGACAAGUUUGUGUCGUUUAUCGGAAGUUUCGCUUGUGUACCGCUUUGCUACGUGUACCCGGCUAUGCUGCACUACAAGGUGGCUCGCACCAGGCGGCAGAGGAUCGCUGACAUUGCGCUUAUGAUUUUCGGUAUGGCUGCCGCUAUCUAUACUACGGUGCAGACAGUACAGUUGAUGGUAGCGUCCGGACCUGGAGAAGGGGCGCCGAACAUCGGCGAAUGCGACCUUCCUGUAUCAGGGCGUUAAGCUCGAGGAUCAGCUCCUCAUAAGAGUUAGUGAGCCACCUAGGUGGCUUAGUAUGUCCAAGGACAGGUUUCGCCUACCGCUCGACCUAUGCGAGAACGUUGAAAUCUUCUUGAAAGGCUCCAUUGGCAUAUCUCUUGGUUACAUGUGCAUCAUAUUCAUCAGUCUCGUAAUGUAGAUACUCUAGCCCAUCGCAAUCACUAAUGCUGUCAACUUGCGAAC